AUGAAGAAAGCGUCUCAGUCAUCCAGUGGCUUCAUCCCCAGGGAGGCCUUCCAGAGACUGUUUGAUGAGCUGGACAAGGACAGGAUCAAACAACAUCCUCCAUUGCCUGAGUACUCGUCUAAGUUCCUGCGCAAGGUUCAGUUUAUCUUCAUUCAGCAUUAUGUCACUGUGGUGGGGAAUGUUAUCUGCAUCUGUAAUCCCAGACCAUUGAGUCCUGACGUCCGUCUGGUCAACAUGUUGAGUGUAUUCCACUUCCUGAGGUUCAUCCCUCAUCUAAAGCUCACGGCUCUGUUUGCCAUCAGCAUGGUCGACCUGGUGAAACACCUCGGAGCCUCUGCCGGUAUAUUAGUGGUGGAUUAUUAUGUAUUUGCUGUGCUUGUGGUCUGGUCGUUCAAAGGCACUAUCAUAGCACCUGCUAGUAACCUGAGCACUACCGCUGACCCCAGGAUCAUGACAAUGAUUGUAAACAAAACUCUACGAUGUGGUUCUUAUGAACAGCUUGGUUACUGGUCAAACAACUUUGAUAACUUUGCAGAGAUCUGCUCUGGUUCUAUAUACAACAUAAUGAUGGUGAACAACUGGAGUGUCUUUCUGGAUGUAUAUGCCAGAUACAAUUUGUGGUCCAAGCUCUACUUCAUAGCCUGGUGGUUGACCUCCUCUGUCAUGUGGGUCAACCUGUUUAUAGCUCUGAUCCUGGAGAACUUCAUCUACAAGUGGGACAGAAACCAUGGAUGCUCAAAUCGUGAAACGGUGAGGACAGACUUGGACACUACCAUCCAGCUGAUGUUCAGACAACAGAUAGCAGCGCCUACUGAAGAGAAAGUUGUCACACAACUGCAUGCCCACCCACACCUUCAACACCUAACUAUGUCCAUGUCACUGGAUCAAAUAUAG